AUGCUAGUUUCUAUAGGGCCUUAUCACCAUGGUCAACCAAAACUACUUGCAAUCGAAAAACAUAAAGAGCAUUUUUUGGAAUUGCUCCUUCAACAUAACAACAAUCAUAGAAAGGAGGAUUACUUGGAUUGUAUGAACAAGUUGGAAAAAAGAGCUCGCAAGGAUUAUGUAGACCCAGUUCAUCACCUUGACAGUGAUGAAUUCGUGAAAAUGAUGCUAUAUGAUACUUGCUUUGUUACUGAGUUUCUUCUUGAGCUUCUGGAUGCUAGUGUCAAGUUCGAGGCUAGAGAGGAGCGCAACCAAAGCAUGUUCAAUAUACACUUUGAACAUGGUCAUUUUAAAAUACCAAAGUUUAAAGUAACUGAUUCGACAGAGACAUUCUUCCGAAACAUCAUUGCUUAUGAACAACAUUCAUCGGAUGACAAAUCCAAAUAUUUCACUGAUUAUAUGUAUUUCAUGGAUCAACUUAUCAAUUGCAAAGAAAAUGUGACCCAACUUCGUUGCCAUGAAGUUCUUGAAAACUGGCUUGGUGAUGGCUAA